CCCGGGCGCCCCCAGAGCUUUCUCGGCCCCAGAGAUCGAACACCUGUCCCCCGCCGCGGCCUCCGCUGAGCUCCUGCCUUUGGAGCACGCACCACUUCUGUCGCUCAAGGAGAGCCCCAGCCCCACGCCGGCGACCACCAUGACGGAGACCAACAACGAAUGCAGCAUCAAGGUGCUCUGCCGAUUUCGGCCCCUGAACCAGGCCGAGAUUCUUCGGGGAGACAAGUUCAUCCCCAUUUUCCAAGGGGACGACAGCGUUGUUAUUGGGGGGAAGCCGUAUGUCUUCGACCGUGUGUUCCCCCCAAACACAACUCAGGAGCAAGUUUAUCAUGCAUGUGCCAUGCAGAUUGUCAAAGAUGUCCUUGCUGGCUACAAUGGUACCAUAUUUGCUUAUGGACAGACAUCCUCAGGGAAAACACAUACCAUGGAGGGAAAGCUGCACGACCCCCAGCUGAUGGGAAUCAUUCCUCGAAUUGCCCGAGAUAUCUUCAACCACAUCUACUCCAUGGAUGAGAACCUUGAGUUCCACAUCAAGGUUUCUUACUUUGAGAUUUACCUGGACAAGAUCCGUGACCUUCUGGAUGUGACCAAGACAAACCUGUCUGUGCAUGAGGACAAGAACCGGGUGCCAUUUGUCAAGGGUUGCACUGAACGCUUUGUGUCCAGCCCAGAGGAGAUUUUAGACGUGAUUGACGAGGGGAAAUCGAAUCGUCAUGUGGCUGUCACCAACAUGAAUGAACACAGCUCUCGCAGCCACAGCAUCUUCCUUAUCAAUAUCAAGCAGGAGAACAUGGAGACUGAGCAGAAGCUCAGUGGGAAGCUGUAUCUUGUGGACCUGGCUGGGAGUGAGAAGGUCAGCAAGACUGGAGCAGAGGGAGCCGUGCUGGACGAGGCAAAGAAUAUCAACAAGUCACUGUCCGCUCUGGGGAACGUGAUCUCUGCCCUGGCUGAGGGCACUAAAAGCUACGUGCCCUAUCGAGACAGCAAAAUGACACGGAUUCUCCAGGACUCUCUGGGAGGAAACUGCCGGACAACUAUGUUCAUCUGCUGCUCGCCGUCCAGCUACAAUGAUGCGGAGACCAAGUCCACCCUGAUGUUUGGGCAGCGGGCAAAGACCAUCAAGAACACCGCCUCAGUGAAUCUGGAGUUGACUGCCGAGCAGUGGAAGAAGAAAUAUGAGAAGGAGAAGGAGAAGACAAAGGCUCAGAAGGAGACAAUUGCAAAGCUGGAGGCUGAGCUGAGCCGUUGGCGCAAUGGAGAGAAUGUGCCUGAGACAGAGCGCCUGGCUGGGGGAGAUGCAGUCCUGGGAACCGAGCUCUGCGAGGACACGCCUGUCAACGACAACUCCUCCAUCGUGGUGCGCAUCGCGCCCGAGGAGCGGCAGAAGUACGAGGAGGAGAUCCGCCGCCUCUACAAGCAGCUUGACGACAAGGACGAAGAGAUCAACCAGCAGAGCCAGCUUAUCGAGAAGCUCAAGCAGCAAAUGCUGGAUCAGGAAGAGCUGCUGGUGUCCACUCGAGGAGACAAUGAGAAGGUACAGCGGGAGCUGAGCCACCUGCAGUCGGAAAAUGACGCCGCCAAGGAUGAGGUGAAGGAAGUGUUGCAGGCUCUGGAGGAACUGGCUGUGAACUACGACCAGAAAUCCCAGGAGGUGGAGGAAAAGAGCCAGCAAAACCAACUUCUGGUGGAUGAGCUGUCUCAGAAGGUGGCCACCAUGCUGUCUCUGGAGUCUGAGUUGCAGCGGCUACAGGAGGUCAGCGGACACCAGCGAAAACGAAUUGCCGAGGUGCUGAAUGGGCUGAUGAAGGACCUGAGUGAGUUCAGUGUCAUCGUGGGCAACGGGGAGAUUAAGCUGCCCGUGGAGAUCAGUGGGGCCAUCGAGGAGGAGUUCACCGUGGCCCGACUCUACAUCAGCAAAAUCAAAUCGGAGGUCAAGUCUGUGGUCAAGCGGUGCCGGCAGCUGGAGAACCUCCAGGUCGAAUGUCAUCGCAAAAUGGAAGUGACUGGGCGGGAGCUCUCAUCCUGCCAGCUCCUCAUCUCCCAGCAUGAGGCCAAGAUCCGCUCGCUUACGGAAUACAUGCAGAGUGUGGAGCUAAAGAAGCGGCACCUGGAAGAGUCCUAUGACUCCCUGAGUGAUGAGCUGGCCAAGCUCCAGGCCCAGGAAACUGUGCAUGAAGUGGCCUUGAAGGACAAGGAGCCAGAUACACAGGAUGCAGACGAAGUGAAGAAGGCCCUGGAGCUGCAAAUGGAGAGUCACCGGGAGGCCCAUCACCGCCAGCUGGCCCGGCUCCGGGACGAGAUCAACGAGAAGCAAAAGACCAUUGACGAGCUCAAAGACCUGAAUCAGAAGCUCCAGUUAGAGCUGGAGAAACUUCAGGCAGACUAUGAGAGGCUGAAGAACGAGGAGCAGGAGAAGAGCACCAAACUCCAGGAGCUGACAUUUCUGUACGAACGACAUGAGCAGUCCAAGCAGGACCUCAAGGGGCUGGAGGAGACAGUUGCCCGGGAACUCCAGACCCUCCACAACCUUCGCAAGCUGUUCGUUCAAGACGUCACGACUCGAGUCAAGAAAAGUGCAGAAAUGGAGCCCGAGGACAGUGGGGGGAUUCACUCCCAAAAGCAGAAGAUUUCCUUUCUUGAGAACAACCUGGAACAACUUACAAAGGUUCACAAACAGCUGGUACGUGACAAUGCAGAUUUGCGUUGUGAGCUUCCUAAAUUGGAAAAACGACUUAGGGCUACGGCUGAGAGAGUUAAGGCCCUGGAGGGUGCACUGAAGGAGGCCAAGGAGGGCGCCAUGAAGGACAAGCGCAGGUACCAGCAGGAGGUCGACCGCAUUAAGGAGGCUGUGCGGUACAAGAGCUCCGGCAAGAGGGGCCAUUCCGCCCAGAUCGCCAAACCCGUCCGACCUGGCCACUACCCAGCAUCCUCGCCCACCAACCCCUAUGGCACCCGGAGCCCUGAGUGCAUCAGUUAUACCAACAGCCUCUUCCAGAACUACCAGAAUUUGUACCUGCAGGCUGCACCUAGCUCCACCUCAGAUAUGUACUUUGCAAACUCCUGUACCAGCAGUGGGACCAUGUCUUCUGGCGGCCCCCUGGCUUCCUACCAGAAGGCCAACGUGGACAAUGGAAAUGCCACAGAUAUCAACGACAACAGGAGUGACCUGCCAUGUGGCUAUGAGGCUGAGGACCAGGCCAAGCUUUUCCCUCUCCACCAAGAAACGGCAGCCAGCUAAUCUCCCAUGCAGACUGCUGCAUACCUGCACUUUCAGGUAGCUUCAGGCCGCUUCCUCUGACCAGCCUCAGGUUGCCUACUUUCUUGCCCUCAGCCUCUUGUCUCUUCCUUUUUCUGUGUGUGUUUUUUUUUUUAAUCAUUUCAAAACUUUUACUACAUAGUUAUCCCUCAAUUCCUUUCCCUUCUAGGGGUUCCAUUUGUGCUGCCCCAAGUCCUCUGAACACUGACCUCUCUUCCCCACCUUAUACUUUCCUUUUGGCCUAUUAGUAGCCACAGUACUGCCUUUCUGCCACUAGGGGUCACUGCCACAUGUCAAAAUAAGUGAGAAAGGGGGAUGGAUCCUGAGCCACUCACUGGUCAUAGACCACAGUAGAUAUUAGGAGACUUUGGGAGAUAAUCUCAACCCGCCUUCUGCCUCCACCCUAAAAUAAUUUUGGAUGGAUAGGUAUUUUCAAAGACCUCUCCAGUACAGGAGAUGUUUGAUUUUUUUCCUACACCUGUGUCCUAUACUCAUAUCUGUGUGUUGCCAAUGAGUUUUAGGAAAUGCCCCAGGAAUCUUAACUUUUUGUUUAUCCAGCUGCAGUGUUAGCACUCCUCUCUCAUCUUGCUCAGUGGAGGUGGAAAACCACUGUGUCCCCACCUCCAAGCCACCCCCACCGUCUCCACCUCAGUCCCCAGGUCCUCUCCUGUAGUAGCACGGCACCUUCCUGGUUCUUGUGUCACCAGACUCCUUGCCAUGGUUGCUUUUGGGCCCAGAACUGGGUACUGUGAUCCUGUUUUAUGGUCCACUUUGGGUCCUUGGAGAAUUAGGAAUGAGAGAACACAGCUAAUCUCUUACUGGGCUGCAUCUAAGCUGAGCCCUCUCCAGGGGUUUUCCAAAACAGUAGGCCAGGCACACACAGGCAGAAAGGCAUGAGAGCAAAGAAGUAGGAAUGGGGAAGGAGAAGUUAGGAAGAUCUGGGGUGAAGGAGGAGGGGUUGGGAGUGUGGUGUCCAGUUGUUGGUAUUAAAGGAACAGCACUGUAAACCAAAGUCUGUAUAAAUGUCACCCUGCUCCUAUUCAGUGGCUGGGCCUCAGGUGGUUGCUCACACCCUCUUUCUCUUUCUCCCCAGUUUCUAAGAGGGACUGAGGCCUCUUCUCUCAGCAUGCUGCAAACCUGUGAUCUCUGAUGCUAACUCCCUCCCCAACCCUUGUCGUUUGAUUGUACUGUUUGAUGUCUUCUCUUACUCUGUAUCUCUUUGUACACUGUAUCUAUAUAUCAAAAGCUGCUACUAUGUCUCUAUCUUCUGUCUCACUCUCUAAGUAUCUAAUGAUGUAUUUAGCAAUUUCUAAGCAUAGUACACCCUCCUCAAUUGGGGCAAUAGGGAGGAGGGUGAAUGUCUCUUCUUUCAUAUAUGCGUCUCUCACACUGCGUGGUGUUAGUCACGGAGAUGAUAAAAGGAAAAACGGGAGCUAGAGGGCUGUGACCCUUCAUACACACACACACACGCAUGCACACACACACAAAGCCUUAAGUGGAAGAAUGUCUUAACAUCAUAAAAAGAUACAGAAAUAGACUCUUCCUACCUCCUCUUUCACAUACAGCACAGGGGAGGGUGAAAUGGAAGGACUACUAAAUUCUAUGUAGAGUUUUCUUCAUACACCCUUCACCCAAACCGAGGGAUCCCAGGUAUGCACCUCUGCCCUUCGAAGUCUGCCUUUUGCCUCCCUCUUCCUGUUCUCCCUGGAUGACCGAGAACAAAGAUUGCUCAAGGGACCACUUCCCAAUCUCCUCAAAACUCCUUUUGAUAUUCUCCACCCCAGAGCUCCUGAUCAGAACCUAGAGUUGCUUUGAAAUAUUUUGAAAAAUUGAGGAGGCAGACCCUUCUGACAGUCUGUUGAGUGGUUGGUCACCUGUCCAUGGUGAUACUUAUAGGCAAGCAGAGUAAAAUGAUUGCUUCUUUGGGUUUGAGGGUGAACAGGGGCUGGGAAAUUCCCAAGUAUUUUUUUGCCAUGGUGAUGAGCUGGGUUCCUUUCUGUGUCCCUUAUUGGGCUGCAUUUCUUCCCAUCUCCACCUUUUGGUUUGGGGGCUUCCAGUUCAUUGGCAAAACGUCUAUCUUGAGAUGCCUUCCUUUCAAGGUGGAGCCUGCCUUUUUCCCAAUAUACAUUUUAAAAACUUUUGUUUGACAAAGAGUUCCUUCUAUAAUGUUCCCAUCUUGUAAGUGCACUUUAAAGAAAGGGGCAGGGCAGAUUUUCCAGAGGUGGAGGAACCCCAGGGCUUGAACUGGGGGUCUCUUCCCCCGAGCCCCUCACCCACCAUGGAAUUGGUAGGACUACUGUUUUGGUUUCAGAUGUCCUUUCCUUCCACAUGGUGCUAAGGUGGUUUUCCAGGUAACUGCAGGGAUGGAGAAUGGAGGACACAAGCCAGUCCAAAUCAAGAAAGAAAGUCUGGUGCCCAGAUAUCCAGUCUUAUCUAGGAUGGAAGGACAGGAUCCCCCAGCAGCAGGGCAACCAUCCCCUAGCUUCUAAGUCAGGAAAGAAAGCUCAGUGUGAGUGUGAGUCAGUAAAUACAGGCUGUAUUGGCCCAGGACUCCUUCAAGGAAAGAAGUCCCUUCUCCCUUUACUUGUUGGGCCCCUUUUAGCAAUUAAGGGGAAAUGGGGGGGGGGGGUGCCAGAGUGAUGUGGAAUAAAUCUAAAGCUGUGAUAUUCAAACAUUUUUCAAAACAAAUCUUAUAUAGAACCCUAAUAUAAGAAAUAACUAAAAGUGAUACAGACCUGGGCAGUUUGCAUUUUCUUUGUUUGGUGGUAAAUGCUUCAUUUGUUGAAGAGUCCUUGAACAGUCAGUCAUAAGAGACCUUGAGAGUUCUGUAGAGUAGUUUGAAAACCACUGCUCUGAGGAAAGGAGUUCCAUCUGACUUCUCAGUCCCAAACUCACAGCAAAGAGGGCAAGGGUGGGUGGAUGAGCCAUCCUAUCUCCAAGACCCAAUCGGGGAGGAAGAAGAUACCUGUGCACCUGUAGAAUUGUGCUAAUAUUUGCCCCAAGAGCAUUUAAGGAUCCAGUGGGUUUUAUGUAAUCUUGUCACCAAAUGAUUCUUUUAAAACACAUAAGAAAAUGUGAAGGUGUAGGGCAGAUGAGGAGAGAGGUGACAGAGGAAGCAGCCUUCUCUUUAGCAAGAUGUAGGAGAAAUAUAAUUCACUUACAUUAAUCAGAAACAACACACACACAAAGCCUUCACCAGAAGGUUCACUGUACAUCUUCCUCCCCGCCCCCCCAACACUCACUGCAUCCCUUUCAGAGAGCCAGGGUCACCACAAGGGGCAUCUGGCCUGCCCACUCACAUCUGCCAAAAUGUUGCAUGCCAGUGUGGAAGACAAACAAAAUGCACAAACCCCAGUGUGUAUUUAUUUGAUGUACAUAGAUACCUUUAAAAUAAAAUAAAUUCAAUGA